AUGGCCGCCGGCAAGACUUCACCCUCACCCUUCGGUGACGGCAAUGCCAUCGCCUCAGAGACCUCGUCGAUAGCACCGCACUCGCGACACGGCUCCGAGGGCACAGGCACAACACCACGACACAGAGACUCGGGCGAGAAGGAGAAGGAGAAGCACCAAUUCCGCAGCUACAGGCUCACUGGCGAAUAUGAACAGCCAUGGAUCAAGGACAAGCGGAUGAAGAAGACGAGAUAUAACAACUGGAUUGUCAACAACAGCUUGGGCUACACCAUCCCCCCUGUUCGCUCCGCGCGUCUCAACACCAAGGGCAAGAAGACGAUCAGAUACGGAAAGAUCGAGAUCACCGCCAAGAUGCCUCAGGGAGAUUGGCUCUGGCCUGCGCUCUGGCUCGUUCCCCAAGACGACGUGUACGGCGGCUGGCCUCGCAGCGGAGAAAUCGACAUCGCUGAAGUCCGCGGUAACAGCCCAGACUACCCCCUCGGUGGCCGCGACACCUACACCAGCACAAUCCACUGGGGUGACUUCCACACCUUCGGCUUCGAGUGGUCCGGCGACUACAUGUACACCUAUCUCGACAGCCGACUCCAGCAGGUCUUGUAUGUCGGCAUUGCCGGGAAGGGGACGCCGAAGGAUUUCUGGGAUAGAGGGGAGUUUGGGGAUGUGUUUGUGAAUAAUACCUUAUUGCCGAAUCCGUGGGCGGGGAGCAAGAAUAGGGGGGCGCCGUUUGAUCAGGAGUUUUAUUUGGUUAUGAAUGUGGCGGUGGGGAGUCGGAAUGGGUGGUUCCUCGACGGCGUAGGCGGCAAGCCAUGGGUCGAUGCCUCCACCUACCUCGCACCAGGCGCCUUCUACCAGCGCGUCGACGACUGGCUCCCCACGUGGGGUGAGGGCAACGCGCGCGGUAUGACUGUGAAGGCUGUUAAGAUGUGGCAGGAGGGGAAGUGCGCGUAA